CAACCAGCCCCAUCCCAUCCCCAAACCAAAUAAAAAAUCCCCAAGAAAAAAAAAAGAAAAUAAAAGAAAAUGAAUUUCUUCUGCAGGGAUAAAUAGAUCGUUUCUGUUCAUGUCCAUUCACGAUUCUCCUCUUCAUAUCUCUCUAUAUAUGGAUAGAUAGAUAGAUCAUUUCUCACUUCCUCUUCUUCCUUCCAUUCACUCAAUGGACACCCACCAUGCUACUUCUCAUGAUCUUCUACAUGAUGAAGCUUAUGCCCCACUCCCCUACUCCCCCCUACCCGACCACCCGGUCCCCGCCGGAGCUCCGGCUCUGGGGCAGCGCCGUCCCUUGAAGGUUUUUGCUGUCACAUUGGCCUCCCUCAUGUUCCUAGCCUCCUUGGUGGCUUUGGUCAUUCAUCAGAGUCCACAAACCCCGGUGACAGUGGAUAAUGACGGGCCGUCUAUGGAGAGGGAGGGAAGAGGGGUGGCUCAGGGAGUGUCGGAGAAGUCUUUCCUGGGAUUUUCCGGCCGAAGGCUUUCGUACAAUUGGACUACCGCCAUGUUUGCCUGGCAGAGAACUGCCUUCCAUUUCCAGCCUGAGAAGAAUUGGAUGAAUGAUCCUGACGGACCACUGUUCCACAUGGGAUGGUACCACCUCUUCUACCAGUACAAUCCUGAUUCAGCAGUGUGGGGGAACAUCACGUGGGGCCAUGCAGUGUCAAGAGACAUGAUCCACUGGCUCUACCUCCCCUUAGCCAUGGUCCCCGAUCGAUGGUUUGAUUUGAACGGCGUCUGGACCGGCUCUGCUACGAUUCUGCCAAAUGGCCAAAUCAUAAUGCUCUACACCGGUGAUACCAAUGAUUCUGUGCAGGUCCAAAAUCUAGCAUACCCUGCCAACCUGUCUGAUCCCCUCCUCCUCCAUUGGAUCAAAUAUGAAAACAAUCCGGUUAUGGUCCCCCCAGCCGGAAUCGGUUCCGACGAUUUCCGGGACCCGACCACGAUGUGGGUCGGAGCCGAUGGAAAUUGGCGGGUUGCAGUUGGGUCACUGGUCAAUACAACAGGCAUCGUGCUUGUAUUUCAGACCACCAACUUUACCGAUUUUGAGCUGUUGGACGGAGAAUUGCAUGGGGUUCCGGGUACGGGUAUGUGGGAGUGCGUGGACUUUUACCCGGUUUCCAUCAAUGGCGUAUACGGGUUGGAUACGUCGGCUCAUGGGCCGGGCAUAAAGCAUGUGUUGAAGGCCAGCAUGGAUGAUAACAGGCAUGAUUAUUACGCAUUAGGGGAGUAUGACCCGAUGACCGAUACAUGGACACCCGAUGACCCGGAAUUGGAUGUGGGUAUCGGGUUACGGCUUGAUUAUGGAAAGUAUUAUGCUUCAAAGACAUUUUAUGAUCAGGUUAAGAAAAGGAGGAUCCUAUAUGGUUGGAUUUCGGAAGGUGAUAUUGAAUCUGAUGACUUGAAGAAAGGAUGGGCUUCCCUUCAGAGUAUACCAAGGACUGUUCUACAUGACAAUAAGACAGGAACCUAUCUCCUUCUAUGGCCAAUUGAGGAGGUAGAGAGCUUGAGAACAAACAGUACAGAGUUCGAAGAUGUUUUACUCGAACCCGGAUCUGUUGUGCCACUUGACAUAGGCUCAGCUUCACAGUUGGACAUAGUGGCGGAGUUUGAGGUAGAUAACGAGACCUUAGAAGCGAUGGUGGAAGCUGAUGUGAUCUAUAAUUGUAGUACUAGCGCUGGUGCUGCUGGGAGGGGAGCCUUGGGGCCAUUCGGCAUUCUGGUUUUAGCAGAUGAUACACUUUCCGAGCUGACCCCAAUUUAUUUUUACAUUGCCAAAGACACUGAUGGCAGUUACAAAACCUUCUUCUGCACUGAUCUAUCCAGGUCGUCUUUGGCCGUGGAUGAUGUUGAUCAAAGGAUUUAUGGGAGCAUUGUUCCAGUGCUUGAUGAUGAAAAACCAACCAUGAGGGUUCUGGUUGAUCAUUCGAUUGUGGAAGGCUUUAGCCAAGGGGGGAGGUCAUGUAUCACGACCCGAGUUUAUCCAACAGAGGCUAUCUAUGGAGCAGCUAGGUUAUUCCUCUUCAACAAUGCCACUGGAGUGAAUGUCACAGCCAGUAUCAAGAUAUGGGAAAUGGCUUCUGCUGAUAUUCACCCUUACCCAUUAGACCAACCAUAAUUCUUCCAUCUCCAUCCCAUCGUAACCUAUUUCAUUGAGUUCCUCUACAUUAGCUCCGUUUGGUUGCUGAGAAAUCCCCCGAGUCCUGUGGCAACCAAACAUGGUCUUGCAUUAUUUAAUUCUUGCGGCAAGGCUGCCAUAUUCAAUCCUUUGUCAUGUCCUGGUGUGGUAUUUAUUCAAAAAUUUUGAGAUUUUUGCGAGAGGCAAUGCGGCUGGUUGGUUGGAAACUUGGAUAGCCUAUUCCUUACCUGCCCAGAAGCUGAGUUUGCAUUUCAUUGGAGAAAAGCUAUUUGGUAUUAUACUAUUAUGCAUGUAGUAUUUGAUAUGAUCAUUCUAUUGCUUGUUCUACUUAUGUAAACAAUGUCAUUUAUGUAAAAAGAACAAAUAAUAUUUCUUUUCAUUACAA